AUGCUCAAUCUUCACUCAACCCUCCAUGUCCUUGAGGGUAUCUUCACCCUCACUCUAGCAAUUCUCUCGGGUAUCCCUGCUGUUAACGGGGCUGCAAAUAACCUCACCCAAAUCCCAGACUCCUCAUUCAGUCCUAAUCCUACGAAUGUGGGGUUCUACCUAUACGUCCCCUCGACUCUCCAAGCAAAGCCCCCCAUUCUAGUCAACCCACACUGGUGCCAUGGCUCAGCGCAGGAUGCCUUCACUGGCACGCAGCUCGCAACACUGGCCGACACCUAUGGCUACAUUAUGAUUUUCCCCGACUCCCCAAACACCGCCGACAAGUGCUGGGACGUGUCCUCAAACCAAACACUUACCCACAAUGGCGGUGGGGAUUCUCAAGGCAUUGUCAGUAUGGUCAACUAUGUGUUGCAGAAUUACAACGCGGAUCCCACCCGUGUGUUCUCCAUGGGUACAUCCUCGGGCGCUAUGAUGACGAACGUGCUUCUGGGCUCCUACCCGGAUGUCUUUGCAGCCGGGAGUGCAUGGGCAGGUGUUGCGUUUGGUUGUUUUGCUGGAAAUGGCUAUGAUGUCUGGAGCAAUGACUGUGCCACUGGCACAAUCAUCAAAUCCGGCGCGCAAUGGGAGGCCAUUGUGAAGGCCGCUUAUCCCAGUUAUACUGGUUUCCGGCCAAAGAUGCAGGUCUUUCACGGAACUGCUGAUACCACUUUGUAUCCGCAGAACUUGGCUGAGGAGAUAAAGGAGUGGACUGCCGUGCUAGGCCUUCCGAGCACUCCUGUUCAGACACUCUCGAAUUACCCUGAUAGCACUUGGACGACUUAUAUUUACGGGGAUACGUUCCACGCAACCAAUGCUACUGGUGUGACGCAUAACAUCCAGACAAAUGAGUCUGUGGUAAUCGACUGGUUUGACUUGCAGUGUCGGGGAACGGGAUGUUAUUCCAGACCUGCGUAUGACUAUCUCUUUUCGACAUAA